GCCGUAGGUUGCCUUUUGAGCGCCUUCAGGGCUCGUGCUCGGCUCUAAAGCCGGAGUCAGACGCAUUCAGGCAUCUGUCACAUCAGAUACUCGAGGUCUUCGCGCUUGCCAGAGCGCGUUGCGGCUCGUGCCGCGAGUAAGCUCUCACUGGAUCUGCACUUUCUACAGCGCAGACGCGGCGGCACGAUUCCUGCGAACAGUAGUGGUCGCUCAGCGCUGAGCAAACAUGCGCAUCAAACUACUGCUUGUCUUCAGCAGCCUCGCCUGGAGCCUGGUGCCGCCCGCGACCACGCGGACCCGACGACGACUCCAAGCCGCGCCGACGGAGCGAGAGAUCGUCCUCAUCAGCGGCUUCGAGAGCUUCAAUUGCGCGUUGUACGAGAAGUGCGCCCAGUCCGUCGCAGCAGACGUCAAGGUCUCUGUGUUUUCUGAUCGAGAUGUUCAAAGCCGCAAGGAGGACGUAGCGGCAGCCCUCGCCAGAGCCGACGCGUUCGUCGGGUCGUUGCUCUUCGAUUAUGACGACGUCGAGUGGCUCGUACCGCGGGUACAAAAUGUCAAGGGCCCGCGGCUGGUUUUUGAGUGCGCAACCGAGCUGAUGGAGUUUAAUCGGGUGGGCGGGUUCGAAAUGAAGGGCGGCGGCGGCCCGCCGCCCGCCGUUAAGGCGCUCUUGUCGAAAUUCGGCAGCGGCCGCGAGGAGGACAAGCUCCAGGGCUACCUCAAGAUGCUGAAGAUCGGCCCGCAACUCCUCAAGUUCAUCCCGAACGACACGGCCCAGGACCUCCGGAGCUGGCUUGAGCUUUACCGCUUCUGGAACGAGGGCGGGCAAGAGAAUGUCGAAUCCAUGCUGCGCGUGCUCUUCGAGCGCCACGUCGCGCCGGUCCCGCGAUUCGAGGCCGCGCCGACGGUCGUCGAGACGCCGGGAAUCGGCUGCCUGCACCCGCUGGCGCCGGGCCGCUACUUUUUGUCACCGCGCGAAUAUCUCGACUGGCGCCUGUCGGCGGACGCCGCGGCGGCCGCGACCGCGGCUGGUGCAGAGCUCGCCCCUGCCGAGGCGCCGCGCGUCGCGGUGCUGCUCUUCCGCAAGCACGUGAUCACGAAGCAGCCGUACGUCUGGGAACUCAUCAGUCAGAUGGAAGCGGAAGGACUGCUGCCGGUCCCGAUCUUCAUCAACGGCGUCGAAGCGCAUACCAUUGUGCGCGACGUCCUAACGUCUGUCAAGGAGGAGGCCGGCACGCGAGAAACCUCGUAUCGCCCCCAGGACGCGGCUUCAGUCGACGCCAUCGUGAAUACGAUCGGAUUUCCUUUAGUUGGCGGGCCCGCGGGGAGUAUGGAGGCCGGGCGCGGCGUCGCGGAAGGGUUGCUGGGUAGCAUGGACGUACCUUAUUACGUCGCGGCGCCAUUGCUACUGCAAGACAUGGCCUCGUGGCGGCAGUCUGGCGUCACGGGGCUCCAGUCCGUGGUCCUGUACGCUUUACCCGAGCUCGACGGCGCCGUCGACGCAGUGGUGCUGGGCGCUCUGGAGGGCGACGACAUCGUACUGGAGCCGGAGCGCGUCGUGAAGCUCUGCUCGCGCGUCGCUCGCCGCGUUCAGCUACGGAACACGCCCGCACGCGACCGCAAGGUGGGCCUCGUGCUCUACGGCUUCCCGCCAAACGUUGGAGCCGUCGGCACCGCGGCUUUGCUGAAUGUGCCGCGGUCGCUGGACGCCAUCCUGCACACCCUUCAAAACGCGGGCUACGACGCGCCGACGGGACUCUCGGGCGAAGCGCUCGUCGCGGGCGUCGCAUGGCUUUGCCGGCCCGACGUGAUCAACGGCGGCGCGGCGCGCAUGAUUACCUCGCUCGAAGCCGCGGCGCGCCGGGCGCAAGCUGGAGACCCGAACGUGGCCGAGGCGCUGCGGGAAUUCAUCGACGAGGCAGACACGUUUCGCGGCGACGUGACUGUGAUCGCGGACGCCCGGAGCGGAGACGACAUCGGCGACACGUUGACGACGAAAGAGAUGCGCGCACGCCUAGACGCCUGCUGGGGCGCCAAGGACCGCGAGCCUGCGCUAGGUUGCUCGGCAGACGGCACUUAUGUCGUCAGCGGUUUGCAGGUGGGCAACGUCUUCGUGGGGUGCCAGCCUCUAUUAGGUGUCGAGGGCGAUCCUAUGCGGCUCCUCUUUGAACGGGACCUCACGCCGCACCCGCAGUACGUAUCUUUCUACGACCGCCUCGACAAGCGCUGCGAUGCGGUCGUGCAUGUAGGCAUGCAUGGCACCGUCGAGUGGCUGCCCGGGCAAGCCCUCGGUAACGACAAGGAAUCCUGGUCCGACGUGCUCCUGGGCGGGCUGCCGAACCUGUACCUGUACGCCGCGAACAACCCGAGCGAAUCCAUCCUGGCGAAGCGCCGCGGCUACGCCACUCUUGUCUCGUACCUCAGUCCGCCCUACGCGCGGGCUGGAACCUACGGCGUCCUUGCGGAGCUGAAAGAGCUGCUCGUCGACGCGGAUGCCGACGACGACGCGUUUCUGGCCGAGGUCGACGAACUUGUCGCGAAGGCGGCUCUGGAGAAGGAGGUGCCGACGCGGGGCGCCGACGGUCAAGCGUGGGUCGCGGCCGUCCGCGCGCGCGUCACCGAGGUGGAGAAUCGACUGUUCUCGUCGGGUCUGCGCGCCUUCGGCGAGGCGCCGGACGCGGACGGUACGGCCGCCUUCCUCGAGGCGUACUUCGACGGCGUCGAGGACGCGCCGUCAUCUGAAGCGCUCGCUGCAGUUGUACGCGGCGGCGGCGAAUCAGAGGAGGAGGGCGUCCUUGAUGCGCUGCGGGGCUUGUUCUUCGAGCAACCCGAGGACGACUCGACGCUUGGGGAGGCCCAAAAGCUCAAGCUCGCUUUGAGUCAGUCGACUGAGGAACUUUCCUCGCUCGUCACGGGCCUGGACGGCGGCUACGUCGCGCCGAAGCCCGGCGGCGACGUCCUGCGAGAUGGUUUGGGAGUGCUGCCAACGGGCCGCAAUACGUACGCCUUGGAUCCGUACCGCAUGCCAAGUAAGAGCGCUUUCCGGCGCGGCGCGCUCGCGGCCGAACGCGUCCUCGACCAGCAUCGCGCCGCGAACGGCGGGGCCUAUCCCGAGACGGUUGCAGUGACUAUGUGGGGCCUCGACGCCAUCAAGACGAAGGGCGAGUCCGUGGCCAUGGCCCUGGCUUUGGUCGGGGCAAAGGUCGUGGCCGAGGGCACGGGCCGCGUCGCGCGCUUCGAGUUAAUUCCGCUCGAGGAGCUGGGGCGGCCGCGCGUCGAUGUAUUGGCAUCACUGUCGGGAAUCUUUCGCGACACCUUCGAGAACGUCGUUUUGUUGUUGGACGAUCUCUUCGAGCGUUGUGCUGCCGCGGCCGACGAGCCUGUUGAGAUGAAUUAUGUACGAAAGCACGCGCUCGAUCUCGAAGCUCAAGGCGCCGAGCGGCCUGCGGCCCGACUCUUUUCGAAUCCAGCGGGGGAUUACGGAUCUAUGGUCAACGAGCGCGUCGGCAGCGGCGACCUGUGUCGAAAUUAAAUUUUAGGCGCCCCACGCCAUCGACGCGCACCUGCGUCUGCACGCUGACCUGACUCACUGGUUGGUUUCCGCACAGGCGGCGAGUGGGACGAGAGCUCGGCGCUCGGCGAUACCUGGGCGUCGCGGAACGCGUUCUCGUAUGGACGCAGCGACAAGGGCUCGAACCGCGCCGACGUGCUCCAGUCUCUCCUCGCUACAACGGAGCGCGUCGUCCAAGAGAUUGACUCGGUCGAAUGUACGCGAGCUGUGUCUUGCGCGUGAUCGACGCGUCCGUGUCUCACUGAUUUCUCCCCGCGCAGACGGCCUCACGGACAUACAAGAAUACUACGCCAACACCGGCGCUCUGAAGGUGGCCGCUGAGAACGCGAGUGGUAACAAAUGUUCGGUGUCAAUCGUGGAGGCGUUCCGGGACGACGCCGACGGGCCGCAACCGAAGGACCUGGACGACGUUCUUCGGUUGGAGUAUCGCUCGAAGCUACUGAACCCGCGGUGGGCGGAGGCGAUGCUGGAGCAGGGCUCGGGCGGCGCCUACGAGGUGUCGAGUCGCUUCACGGCGAUGGUCGGCUGGGGCGCCGUGAAUGGUGUCGACGACUUCGUGUGGGACGGCGCCUCCGAGAAAUACGCGCUCGACGACGCCGUGUCGGAACAGCUCCGCCGCUCGAACCCCGAGGCCUACCGGAACGUGCUGGCGCGCCUGUUAGAGGCGGCCGGCCGGGGCAUGUGGAACGCCGAUGAGGACGUCCUACGACGGCUGCGCGAGAAAUAUGCCGACGCCGACGAUUCUGUGGAGGGCGUUGCGUGAGACUGCCUCGAGCCUCGGAGCCGCUAUUUUCGGUUGUAACAUGUGUUGACUA